GAGGCAGCUGAGACCAUGAAAAAAGUACAAAUUGAACAGCAAACUGAAAAAAAGAAAAAAAAUAUUCCAAACAAAGAUUUUGGUCCAACAUUAAACAGAUUUUUACCAAAAUCAAAAUAAUUAUUAAUUUUAUACAUAUAAAAAAUUGUGUGUUUUUUUUAAAUUUAUUAUAACAAUAAAAAUAAAACAUUAAUAAAAAAAACAAAAUCAAGUGUUGUUGUGUGAUAAAUAUUAUAAAAUAAAAAAACAAAAACAAAAGACAAAGAAAAUAAAUUCUAGCAACUGCAUUAAUAGUUUUGAAAUAAUAUUGCAUUUAAAGCAAUAGCUUUGAGAUUAACGCGAAUCGAUAUGAGUCAAGAUUUAAGAUAAGAUAAUAUUGCACUUGCUUCAUUGGCUUAAACAAUUUUUUUUAUUACUAAUCAUGUAUAAUUUUUUUUAUUUUUAUUAUCGUUUAAAUAGUUAUUCUGUUGAUUGAAUAAAACAAAAGCGUAUCAGUUGAAAAAAAUAAAUUUUUUAUGGUAAAAUUAAAUUAAAAAAAAAUUUGACAAAAAAAUAAAACUUCCAGCAGUUGUAACUUAUGACUCAACCAGCAUAAAAUAAAUAAAAUCAGUUCAAGCAAUGCACUACAACGAAAGACCAAUACAACAUGAUCCACAAUGGAAAGGUCCAUUAAAAAAUCGUUCAUGUACAGAUAUACCAUGUUUAUUUGUUUUUAUAAUAUUCAUGUUUUGUUGGAUAUCUAUUGGUUUUUAUGCAUAUAAUAAUGGUGAUAUUGAUACAUUAUUAUCACCAACAGACAGUGAAGGAAGAAGAUGUGGUAUUGAUUCAGAAGUUGUUAAUAAUACAAAUCUUGUUUUUUUUGAUUUAACAAAAUGUUUUAAUAGCCGUUGUAAUACACCACAAGUUUGUGUCAAUAAAUGUCCAACAAAAAAUUGGAUUGUUACACAAGAUAUUGAUGAUAUUGAUAAUUUAAAAAAAAAUUUAUUAUGCAAAAUUGGUGUUAAUUUGGAAAAUAAAAAUAUCAAUGAUAUACAACAAUUGAUUAAUAAAAAUGCAUGUGCUCAAUGGUAUUUAGAAAGUUUUCCAGUUGCUGGACGUUGUUUACCAAAAUCAAUUCCAAUUGAUUUUUCUGGUACUAUUAUUACAGAUGAACAAUUAAAAAAAGCACGUGAAAUAAUUGAUUAUUUAUAUAAAGGACAAGAAAUAUUAAAUAAAAUUGAAACAACAAAAGAUAAUGUUAUUGAACUUAUUUGUGCAAGUGCAUUAUUAUGUUUAGUAUUUAUUGUUGCUUUAAAAUGGAUUGCAUUACCAUGUGUUAUUGCUUCAAUUAUUGGUGUUAUUAGUAUACUUUUUUAUUUAUCAAAACUAUGUUUUAAACCACAUGAACAAGAAUUUAUUGAAAAUAAUAAAUGGGCAGAAUGGGGAGGCUGGAAAGUCAUUGGAAUUAUAUUAUCAUUUAUUGGUGUUAUGAUCAUUUUAUUGACUUGCUGUUUGUGGAAUAGAAUUUAUUUGGCUUGUCAACUUAUCAAGGAAGCUAGCAAAGCAGUUAUAUCAACAUUAACAACACUUUUUUUUCCAAUUUUACCAUGGGUGUUGCAGUUUUCUGUGAUUGCUUAUUUUAUAACUGCUGGAUUAUAUUUAAUAUCAAUUGGUGAAAAGAAUUUUAUCAUUGAAGUAACAGAUGAUAAAGAUAAUAAAUGUAUUUGUCCAUUUGGUCUUAAUUAUCAUGAAGGAGCAACGUGUGAUCCAAAUGUAUUUAAUAAAAAUUGUCGUGAAAAUGAUGAAAAUUGUAUUUCUAUGGGUUGUCAUUUGCAAAAUAUUGAAAGUCCAAAAAAUAUUAAAUAUGCAUAUGUUAUACAUAUUGUUGGUGGUUUAUGGUCAUUUUUUUUUAUAUCUGCACUUGGUGAAAUGAUACUUGCAGCAACAUUUGCAACUUGGUACUGGACAAUGAGAAAAUCUGAUUUACCAUAUUUUACACUUUUAAUAAGUAUAUGGAGAACAAUCAGAUAUCAUCUUGGAACAGUUGCAUUUGGCUCAUUCUUGAUAACAGUUGUUAGAUGUUUUCGUUUGUUAUUGGAGUACAUACAUGCACAAGCAACAGGUCAAUCACAAGGUCCAAUGCUUGGAGGUUUUUCUGAAGCAUGCUAUAAAUGUUCACAAUUUCUUUUAGCAGUGUUGGAAAGAUUUUUAAGAUUUAUGAAUAGAAAUGCAUAUAUUGUUUGUGCAAUUUAUGGAAAAGGCUUGUGUGAAUCAGCCUCUGAUGCAUUGAGUCUUUUGAUGAGAAAUAUACUGAGAGUCAUUGUUUUGAAUAAAAUUGUUGACUGGCUUUUAAUAGCAGGAAAAAUACUCGUAACAUCUGUGAUGGCUUUAAUCACAUGGUCCUACUAUUCACAUCCAGAUAGAUAUGAUGACUAUUGGUAUGUUCCUGUGACUCUAGUGAGUCUUGGAUCUUAUCUCGUUGCAACUAUAUUCUUCUCUGUUCAUGAGACUGCUGUUGAUACAAUAUUUUUAUGUUUCCUUGAGGAUUGUGAACGACAUGAUGGCUCAGCUGCAAAACCAUACUAUAUGACUAAAAAAUUAGCAAAAUUAUUACGUCUACAUAAUAAUCAACAGUAAAUUUGAAGAAGAAGAAAAAAAAUCUAUUUUGUAAAUUGAGGUUUUUUUUUUUACUUUAAAUGAAAAUAUAAAUAAUUUUUUAUUAUUUUAAUUGAAUGGUAAUUGAAUAAUUAAAUAAUAACAGUAAUUAGUUUAUAGAUUUAUUUGAAUAAUUGUGAAAUUUAAAAGGGUACAAUAUGAAUAAUAUAUAUUUUGUGUUUUACGAUAAAUAAUAUUUUUGAUUACACAAUUUUUCAAAAUGUGAAAAGAUUAAAUAUACGUAAUUAUAUACGUAAUAAUAAUGAUUAAUUUUGGAAAAGUGUUUGAGUAAAAUCAUUGUAAUCCAAA